AUGUCCACGAUCCAUUCACUUCCCAACGAACUCCUUGAGAAAAUCUUUGUAGAGGGCGCCUAUCUCCCUCCAUCUUUCGCGGAAGACUAUCCCCGGCAACGCCGUUUUUCAAAUAUACCGGUCCAACACCCGCUCGCCACCUCACUCUCACAGGUCUGUCGUCGAUGGCGGAAUAUCUCGCAUCGUCUCCCCAGCCUUUGGGGUUUCCUCCACCUUUCCCGCUCCAUGGAGACCCACCGUCGUCUAAAGGACGACCUGAACAAAUCUUUAAAUUGGAUCCCUGACCACAUCAAGCGCUCACGGGACAGCCCCUUGCACAUAACGCUCGACUGCACACGAUUCACCGACCUCUACCCAGUGCUACGCCUGAUACAACCACACAGCGAACGUUGGCGAUCCCUGACAAUCCUAGUCUCUCACGUCGGCAGUCUACCUUCCGUCCUGGCUCGGUUCACCCGAAUCAGCACACCGAGACUACAGAGCUUAACGAUCGUGGCCGAUAUUUACCGCAAGGGCAUCAUUUCCGCGGGCCCCCUGCCGGGAUUCCUCGUCGGACCUACCCCAGCUCUGACGAUGAUCCGUUUAGAGGGGGUCUACCUUGCAUGGAACGAGCGCCCCCUCAGUGGGUUGACCAGUCUUGAUUUAUGUUUCGCCACACGAUGGCCACCAGCAGACAAACUGCGCGCCUUUUUCGAUGCGUCACCGUGUCUGGAACAGCUAGUCAUCUAUGAUGACAUUGAGGCAUUGUUGAAGAACAUCGACCCUCGCCCCUUCAUGGCCACCAUUGAGCUCCGCCACCUCAAGCAUCUCACAGUCGAGGCCUAUCGUGUCCCAGAGUCGGCAGACGCGGACGUUGCCUCGUUCGUGCAGUUGUUCUCUUUCCCCAGGUUGGAGACUUUGUCAUUGAGAGGUCUGCGCAUCUCCGAAUUGGUGGCCGUGGCACGAAUCUUCAAGUUGUUGAUAUAUCCUGGAAAUUUUGUCCCUGGGGAGAAUGGCGAAUUCGUCGCAGAGGGAUUGCCAAUGUCCCACUUUGCUCCCUUCCUCAAAAAGCUUUGCGUAGCACGGCUGCUACAGGGAUAA